AUUAUCCAAUAAUAAAUUUAUUUGUUGUUCAAAAUCAACAUUACUCUUUUAAUUUGGAUAGUGAUUAUUAUAUGUGGAAUUUUACUUCACAAGUUAACAGUUCAUUGGAAAUUCCCAAUUCUAUCAAAGCACCCUUUAUACUGCGCAUGAUGCAACACGCCCUCGGACACAUUUUUUGGAAAAACAUUCUCUCAUAUGCAAAUAGCACGCUAUCACAUUGUCUAGGCUCUAUGAAUCAUUUGAAUGUUGCUUUCAAAAUGAAUAAUGCUGUACGACUAACAAGAAUGAAAUAUUGGUCUUCGGAAAAGCACUGUCCUCUCAUUAAAGUAAAACGAAAUUAUAGUGAUCCAAUGAGCCAAACAACUGUGUCGAUACAAUAUAUCGACAUAUUAAAAAUUCGCCACAUUCCUAUAACUUUUACUACGGAAGCAUCUCUCAAUUUUAACAAUUUUACUCAUCAUUUUCUAAACGUGUCAGAGGAUCUCAAAUUAUCAUUACCAUUUAAAGAGGGUGGUUGGAUGAUAUUUAAUAUACAACAAGUUGGUAAAUAUCGACAUACGGACUUAUUAUGAUUUAUUUCUCAUC